CGUAUACAAACCCGAAGUCUGCAAUGGGAAUUUCUUUAUUAUCAUGAACUUUGAGCGAUUCGUCUGUUGUCAGUAAAACAUGCACAAUGGCUACAUCUUGGGCAAGAAUAUUUGCGCUGCUACUUCUAGACUUGGGAGUCCAAGCUGCGACUGAUUUCUCUGUCACUACGAGUGGUAUCUAUUCGUGGAAUCAGAGCGAUUGGUCUUUGACGGCAACAAAGUUCAUUCCAGGACAAUUUCAAUCUCGAAUGUCACUUGCAAAUGGCUAUGUUGGAGCAUCACUUGCAGCAGCAGGACCAUUCUUCGAAACCGAUGUCAAUCAAACCGAUCCCAAUGGCAUUCAGCCAAGCAAUGGAUGGCCUCUUUUCGAUACUAGAAUAUCCUUCUCCACCAUCUCAGGGUUCUACGAUGUCCAACCCAACGGAACAGGUACGAACUACCCAUGGUUGAAUCAAUACGGCUGGGAGAGUUUCAUUAGCGGAAUUCCACACCCUACCGCAAUUAUCUUUGCCUUCGGUGACAACUACCUCGAUGCUACAGUCUCCAACACGACAAUCUCGAACUUUGCCUCAAAGAUAUCGUUCCAGACAGGCGUAGGAGAGUGGUCAUACACAUGGAGUCCAGAAUCCAGCUCUGCCGCAUUCAAUGUCUCAUAUUCAGCUCUUUUCAGCAGAGCCCGACCAAAUGUUAUUGCUGUGAAAGCAAGCAUCACACCUUCGGCCUCUAUUUCUGGCACUGUUACAGACUUGCUAGACGGCUCGAGCGCAGCGCGAUCAUAUCUCGAUACUAAGGGAAUCGACACUAAUGGGAGUACGAUAUAUUCUUCAGUGCAUCCUAAUGGACUUGCGAAUAUUACUGGCUAUGUUGUGUCGGGCGCAAAUUUCUCGAAUGCGUACACGAAUUCAAGUUCUCGAGCUGAAGCAACUGGGCCAUUCGUUGGUGAUAACUCUACCACGAUUGGACAGACUUACAACAUCAGCUUAAAAGCUGGAGAGACUGCGACAUUCUUCAAAUUCGUUGGAGUCGCAUCCAACGACAAAUUUGCAGAUGUUGAAGAAGUAGCUAGACAGGCACAAUCAACUGCUCAAGAAGACGGUUGGGAUGCACUCCUGUCUGAACAUGUAGCUGCAUGGGCGGAAAUCAUGACUUCGGACAAGGUCGACAACUUUACUGAUCCAGCAACUGGACGCCUUCCAGAUAGUCAGGAUAUCGAAAUUCUCCAAAUCGCUUCGGUAGCCAACACCUACUACCUCCUUCAAAGUAUCCAACCAGAUGGAUCUGGGCUAAACGACAACAGUGUCUCUGUUGGCGGACUAGUCUCUGAUUCCUAUGCUGGUCUUGUGUUUUGGGACGCAGAUUAUUGGAUGGCUCCUGGUCUGAAUCUCGCCUUCCCAUCUUACAGCAAGCAAAUCUCCAAUUUCCGAAUCAAGCAACAUCCGCAAGCUUUAGCAAAUGCAGCUUUCAACAACUACCCCAACAAUUCUGCUCUCUAUUCCUGGACAGCAGGUCGCUACGGUAAUUGUACUGGCACAGGACCAUGCGUGGAUUAUGAAUACCAUCUAAAUUACGAUAUUGCUUUCAAUCUCUUACAGCAAUAUAACGUCACGAACAACGAAACAUGGUUCAAUGCUGGUCCAAGGCAAGUCAUCGAAAGUGCGGCUAUCAUGACUGGCCAUUUAUUGCAAUAUAAUGAGACAACGAAGUCAUAUUGGCUUCAUAAUAUGACAGAUCCAGACGAGUAUGCGAAUAAUGUCGACAACGGUGCUUUUACAAUUGCUUCAGCAGCUGAGUUGUUGAGGGUUGCAAAUGCAUUGAGAGUACAGCAAGGGCUUGAAGUCAACUCAACAUGGGAAACUCAAUGGCAAGGAAUCGAAUUUCCUACAGCUCCGUCCAAUAUCACCUUGGAGUAUCAGACAAUGAACAAUAGUGUUGCAGUCAAGCAAGCCGAUGUAGUUCUUCUCACCUACCCGCUUGAUUACGGCGAGGACUAUACGGCAGAUGACAAGCUGCUCGACUUGGACUAUUACGCAAACAAACAAUCUCCCAACGGCCCAGCCAUGACCUACUCCGUCUUCGCUGUCGAUGCUAAUGCUCUUUCACCAAGCGGUUGCUCAGCCUACACUUAUACCCUUAACGGCUUCCUGCCCUACCUCCGAGCCCCCUUCUUCCAAUUCUCAGAGCAAGCCAUUGACGACGUAACAUUAAACGGGAACACCAACCCCGCCUACCCCUUCCUAACAGGCCACGGAGGCGCAAACCAAGUCGUCCCCUUCGGCUUCCUAGGAAUCAGAACCGACCAACCAAUGCUCUACAUCAACCCAUCCCUCCCUCCUCAGAUCCCAUACAUCAAAAUCCGCACCUUCCACUACGCGGGCGCAGCUCUCCAAGCAACAAUGAACAGCACACACACAAACUUAACUCGAAUCUCAUCAACGUCCCUCACCGACCUCUACCAAAACACCACCCUCCCCCUCACAGUCGGAACGCCCAACUCGCCCUCCUCUCAAAACACAAACUACACCCUGUCCACAAACCAAACCCUCACCAUCCCCAACCGCCUCUACUGGCAGACCCUAACCCACGCAAACAACCUCCUACAAUGCCAGCCCGUCACCUCCCCCGACGCCUACGCCGCCGGCCAGUUCCCCACAGCAGCCAUCGACGGCGCGACAGCCACCCGCUGGCAACCCGCGUCCAACGCCUCCGCCUCCCUCCUCGUGAAUACAACCUCUAUCACCCCAUCCCUCGUCUCGGGCCUCUAUUUCGACUGGGGCGCCCGCCCUCCCCGGUCCGCGACCGUGUACCUGGGGAACUCAACCACAGUAAACGGUGAGAAUUUGACAGGCGAAGAAAUCAUCAUCCAAGUCGGCGGUAUCGCGCCCAGUUUACCGUUCGUGGCGGCGGAGGCGGAGGCUAGUGCGCAGGAGGUGCAGCCCGUGGUUGGGAACAGCACGACGGUUGCGGUCGAGGGCGGGGCGUGGAGUGGGGGGUAUGUGAGGUUGGUUGUUGAGGGGUGUUGGGAGGAGGAUGGGGAGGGGGCGACGGUGGGGGAGUUUGUGGUUAUUGGGGGUUGA